AUGGCAGAUUUGGAGGAAAGCAUGAUCAGAGAGAACAUGACUUUGACAGGUAGUGCCAAGCCUUUCCUAUUUGACGUCUCUGACCUGACUUCAGACCUUCAAGGUUACCUUCACUACAUUGCCCACGCUUCACCCAGCCUGACUGCGCACCAGGCGCCUUGUAACCCGCUCACGGUGGAGUCCGUCCUCAGCGACCGGGACGGCGACGUUUGUUUCAUCGUCCACUACCACAUCACGGACUUCGAAGGCAAAGUCGACACAAGCGGUGCGGAAGUGGGCUUCUGGGUCAGCUCCAAGGUGCUCAGUCUUGCAUCGCCCGUCUUCGCCGCUCUCCUUGGACCAAAGUUCCGUGAAGGCAACGAGCUGGCACAGUCUUCUGACGAGCCGCUCGAAAUCCCUCUGCCGGAUGAUGAUGCUACCGGCCUAGCAAUCCUCUUCGGCGUACUCCACUACACGACUGACCACGACACUGUUACCCUCCCAGAGUUGGCCGCCACUUCCAGAUUGGUCGACAAAUACCAGUGCCAGAACGCCUUUCGUCACGUGUCCGGCCACUGGCUGGAGGACCACCUUCGCGGCGAAGGUACGGCGAAGGAGCUUCCUGAGUAUCUCGGAAUAGCAGUAGCAUUUGGCCAGCCCAAGUUCGAGGGCACAGUCGUGAUGGGAAUUGCUCUCACCACCGGAAAGAAGACCAACACAUCGACUGUCGAAGAACGAAUCAAAGACACCAUGCUGGUCGAUCUCGUCAGCACUGAGCUUUCCAAGGAUAUGGAGCUUUUCCGCGAGAGCUGGAAUGCAGCCUGGACCAGACUGCAGCCUGGUCUGAUCUCAACACUUUAUCUUGAGCCGCCACCCCUUGCUCUUCGAGGAAGUGCGGCAGGCUCAAAGAAGGAUGCAUCAAAUCAGGAGGCGACCAAGCAUGGCGCCGCGAUCCUGAGUGCGUUUUGCCGAGCCCUCCACAACGCUGUUCAGCAGAAGUCUGAAUACUCUCUGCUCCAUCGGGCACUAAGCAUAACGAAGAUCGCCAAGCCCACGCUUGAUGCUCCGGAGCCAUGCCUCCCAGCGUGGUGUUCCUGCAAUGCGUGCAUGGCCAGGCGUGGCUUUUCAGCUCAUUGCUUUGAGCUUUUCAUGUCUGUUGUUGGCCGCCAUCCCGGACGGACUUCUUCUGACCUCUCCAACGGCAACUAUGUUUUCUCCAGCACAGCCAAGCAGUCCAAGCAAGAAGUCUACGAAUACUCCGAGCCCGUGAAGCUAUUGUUUGGUCACAAGCUUGCACAAACCCUCAUCGAGGGGUAG